ACUACUGUAUACUACAAAUACCUCAACCAAUAUAUACGCUACUCAUGGCGGACCCAACUUCUUUCAUCUUCCUCCUUUCUCUGACGCUGCUUUUGCCACAAUCUUACCUAUUUAGCUUUGCUAAUGCAGAAAUUCUAAACGUUACCACCGAUAAAUCUGCUCUUCUUGCAUUGAAAGCUCACGUUUCUUUUAAAGACCCUCACCAUGUUUUGAUAAGCAAUUGGUCCUCAAACACUCCUAUUUGCACUUGGGUCGGUGUUACCUGUGAUUCUAAACAUCUCCGAGUCAGAGCAUUAAAACUUUCCAACAUGGACCUUGUAGGUACCAUUCCUCCACAUAUUGGAAAUCUUUCGUUCCUUGUUAGUCUAAGCAUGAGCAACAACAGUUUUCAUGGCUCAUUGCCAAAUGAAUUGUCUCGUCUUUAUCGGUUGAAAUUCCUAAGAUUCCGUUAUAAUGAAUUCAGCGGAGAAAUCCCGCAUGGGAUGGGUUUGCUAAACAAACUUCAAAUAUUGCUUCUCACUGGUAACAAUUUCGAAGGCAGUAUUCCACAGUCUCUAUCAAACAUAUCGUCAUUACAGUGGAUUAAUCUUGCACAUAACCAGCUUUCAGGCUCCAUACCUUCCUCUUUAUUCAAGAUACCUACCUUGCAACAAAUUUCCCUUCGCUCAAAUAAGCUAUCCGGUGGACUACCAAUGUUUGAUCAUCUUCCCAACUUACAAUUUCUUUCUGUCUCCCGUAACCGUUUCUCUGGCGUACUCCCAGAAAUAGGGAACUUAACAAUGCUUACAUCGUUACAUCUUUAUGAUAACAACUUUGAAGGUACGAUCCCAUCCUCGUUGCUAAAUUGUACACAGCUGCAAUAUUUAGUUAUGGGGAAAAAUAAUUUCACAGGAAGACUACCCCCAGAAAUAGGGAAUUUAACUAUGCUUACGCGGUUAUAUCUUUCUCGGAACAAGUUUGAAGGUGCAAUACCGAGUCAAAUUGGAAAUCUGCAAAAAUUAGAGCGAUUCAAUAUUGAGAUAAACUAUUUUUCUGGACCGAUUCCGUAUGAGAUCUUCAAUAUCUCAACUUUACAAAAUAUUUCGAUGGUAUUAAAUAAUCUCUCAGGUCACCUUCCAUCAAAUAUGGGCCUUUUUCUUCCAAAUCUUCGGCUCCUUGCUCUUAAUAGGAAUGAACUGAGUGGAACGAUUCCCAACUCUAUUGUUAAUGCUUCACAGCUCUUGUUUCUAGAUUUGAGUCAUAACUCAUUCUCUGGCUCAAUUCCAAAAACAAUUGGUAAUUUAAGGCUCAUCCAGAUGUUGAUCCUCUCAUCAAAUAAUUUGAUAAUUCAGUCUCCAGAACUUGGGAGCAUUUUCUCUUCUUUGUCAAGCUGCAAAUAUCUUAGAUAUUUAUCUUUGUACGAAAAUCACUUGAAUGGCAUCCUUCCCAAUAAUAUUGGGAACCUCUCAACCUCUCUUCAAAUACUUAAAUUAUAUGACUGCAACAUUAAGGGCAACAUUCCAGAAGAGAUUGGUAAUUUAAGUGGCUUGAUUGGUUUGACCCUAUACCUCAAUGAACUAGGAGGACCUGUUCCAACUACAAUUGGAAGAUUAAACAAGCUCCAAGGUUUGUUUCUUUACGGUAACAGACUAACAGGUUCAAUCCCAUAUAAGCUCUGUCAUUUAGGAAGCUUGGGUACACUAGAUUUAAAUGAUAAUGAGUUUUAUGGACACAUUCCUGAGUGCAUAAAUAAUAUGACUUCACUAAGAACUCUUGAUUUGGGUUUCAACCAAUUAAUUUCUUCAAUUCCUUCGAGCUUGUGGAGGCUUACAGAUCUCUUGUUGGUUGAUUUAUCAUCAAAUUCUCUUAGUGGCCCUCUUUCUUUAGAUAUUGGGAAUAUGAAUGUCUUGGGAGUAUUAGAUUUGUCAAAAAACCAAAUAACAGGCCGUAUCCCAGUUACAAUUGGUGGGCUAAAAAAUAUUGCCAAUCUAUCUUUGGCAGUCAAUCGACUAGAUGGCUCAAUUCCUACAUCUGUUGGUGAAUUGAUAAGCUUAGAGGUUUUAGAUCUUUCCUACAAUAAGUUAUAUGGAGAGAUUCCCAAGUCCUUAGAAGAACUCCCAAACUUGAAACAUCUAAAUUUGUCAUUCAAUAAACUACAAGGAGAAAUUCCUUCCAGAGGACAGUUUGUACACUUCCCAGCUACAUCAUUCAUGUCAAACAACAGACUUUGUGGUGAGUCUCGAAUGCUAGUUCCCCCAUGCAAAGGAAAAAAGGUCAUAGGGAUGCGAAUACUGAAAUACGUGUCAAUGGCAGUGGGGCUAAUGGUGCCUGGAAUGUGUCUUGUAUUUUUCUCAAUAAAAUGCCGUAAGAGGAACACUAAAUUGUCACAUGACACAAACGCAAUGCCUUUAGCAACAUGGAGGAGAAUUUCACAUCAAGAACUUAUUCGAGCAACAGAAGGGUUCAAUGAAAACAACUUACUUGGAGAAGGGAGUUUUGGGUUUGUUUACAAAGGAACACUCUUUGAAGAUAGAACUGUUGCUAUAAAAGUUUUAAAUUUGCAAGUGGAGGGGGCAUUCAAAAGCUUUCACAUAGAAUGUGAGGUAUUGCGCAAUAUUCGUCACCGGAAUCUUGUCAAAAUCAUUACCGCUUGUUGUAACAUUGACUUCAAAGCCUUGGUAUUAGAAUACAUGCCUAAUGGGAACCUAGAUAUGUGGUUGCACUCCGAAAACCGUUGCUUGAAUAUGUUACAAAGGCUAAACAUAAUGAUUGAUGUGGCAACAGCAGUAGAAUACCUUCAUCUUGGUUACGCAACACCUAUUGUUCAUUGUGAUUUGAAGCCUACCAAUGUCUUAUUAGAUGAAGAUCUGGUUGGACAUGUUGCUGAUUUUGGCAUUGCCAAACUCCUUGGUGAUGGAGUUUCUCUAACACAAACAAUGACUCUUGCUACAAUUGGAUAUAUGGCACCAGAGUUUGGCUCUGAAGGACUUGUUUCUACAAGGGGAGAUGUGUACAGUUAUGACAUUUUAUUGAUGGAAACUUUCACAAGAAAGAAGCCCACGGAUGAUGUGUUUACCGGAGAAAUGAGCUUGAAGUGUUUGGUACAAGAAUCAUUAGCCCUUUCUAUUCUUGAUGUUGUUGAUGCCAAUUUGUUACACAACCAAAAUGAUUAUGCUGCAAUGGAGGAGUGUUUGCAAUCCACCAUGGGGUUGGCUUUGUGUUGUUGUGCGGACUCGCCUGAACAGAGGAUUGGUAUAGCAAAUGUUUUAGCCACACUCAACAAUAUCAAAUUGAAGUUUCUCAAAGAUAUUAGUGGACGCUAAUCAUGUGAGAGAAUAAGGAUUUGCAUUCCCAGGAAGUACUGCUUCAGGGCACCGUUAGAAAUGGCUUGUAUGUUCUUCCAACUGAUGUUAAGAAUGUCAAUCUUCCUUCACAACAUGCUUUCAUUGGCGAACGGACCUCAUCUUCUACAUGGCAUGCUCGUCUUGGUCAUCCCUCCCCUCGGAUCACCUCCUUUACCAUAAGACAUCACAAUCUUCCAGUCACAUCUGUGUCAACUUCGUCACCCUGCUCGGCAUGUCUUCAAGCCAAGUCUCAUGCUCUUCCUCAUCCAUCAUCACCCUCUCAAUCUUAAUUUCCCUUUCAAUUGUUAUUUUUAGAUGUGUGGGGACCUGCGCCUGUGCUAUCCUCCAAUGGUUUUAGGUUUUAUUUCUCUAUUGUUGAUGAUUUUACGAAGUAUGUUUGGAUCUUUUCGUUAUAUGUCAAAUCGAAUGUUUCUAAAAUCUUUCUCAACUUUGUUCAAUUUGUCAAGAAUACCUUUUCAAAAAAUAUCAUAGCUGUUCAAUCCGACUGGGGUGGUGAAUUCUGCCCCUUUCAUGCUAUUUUACAAACUCUAGGUAUUUCUCAUAGAAUUUCUUGUCGUUACUCUCAUGCACAAAAUGGUAGCAUCGAACGGCGUCAUCGCCAUAUUGUCGAAACUGGGCUCUCUCUUUUAACCCAGUCUUCUGUACCUAUUAAAUAUUGGGUUGAUGCAUUUCAAACUGCCGUUUUUCUCAUUAAUAGAAUGCCUACACCCAUCCUCUGCUAUCUUUCUCCGUUUCAAUCUCUUUUUAAUUCUCCUCCUGAUUACAAUUUUUUACGAGUUUUUGGUUCGGCCUGUUGGCCUAACCUUCGUCCCUUCAAUCAUCAUAAAUUAGACAUGAGAUCUAAACUCUGUGUCUUUUUAGGUUACACUCUUGAUCACAAAGGGUAUAAUUGUUUGCAUGUUUCAUCCGAUCGUAUUUACAUCUCACGUGAUGUACGCUUUGAUGAAACUUGCUUUCCUUUUGCCCCUACUCACACACUGCCUACACAGCACUCUAUUUCUUCAUUAAACCAUUAGGCCAUACCCCCCUCUCCAGCCCAGCCCGCUGCUUCCUCUCAAGAUCACACUUCCUCUACUUUUAUUCAGCCUUUUACUAGCUCCAGCCCAGCCCACGAGCCCAUACGUAUUUAGCCCGCUUCAUCUCCUCACCUUUCUAACCCUUCAGCCCACGAGCCCAUAAGUCUUCAGCCUACCGCAUCUCUUCUCGUUUCUCCCACUCCAGCCCAUGAGCCCACUAUCACAAACCCUAACUCUGAAUCUUUCUCUUCUCCCGAACACAUACCCUCUGCGCUGUCAUCUCCAUCCAACGUUCCUGCGCCUCUUUCUUCAUCCCAGACCACUCCCUUCCCAAAUAAUUCCUCAAUCGGUCCCAAUCACUCUUCUCCUUCCUUCAUUAGUUCUCAUCCCAUGACCACUCGGUCCAAAGACCUCAUCACUUGGCCUCUCCAACGUCAUGACGGAACUAUUCUAUGGCCUCUACCGAAACCACCGAAACCUCAAGCUUCCCUAACCACACAUUCCUCCAUUCCCGAUGAGCCCUCCUCCUACACCGAAGCCUCGAAAUUUCCUGCCUGGCGUACGGCCAUGGCCAGCGAAUUUGAAGC